GGUGGAGAUGUCUGGGGGGUGCGGUUAAAGGACGCACUAGUGGCAGCCAGUCAGGUGCUCCUGAUCCACACUUUGAAAGUGACUUUGACAUGCAAACACCAGGCGGAGACUUUAACCAUCAAGCUGGUCGUAGUUAUUUAGCAGACAUGGUGGACACCCAGCAGCUCCUAGCCUGGCCCGUGGGCUUCAGUCUGAGCGCCGCUGAUCUGCCCGAACUGGACGAGAGCUCCCACUCGCUGGACACGAAGCACCUGACCACAUUGGACUACGCCUCCAUCUCUUCCUCGUCCUCCUCCCUGUCACCCUCGCUCUUAUCCUCCAUGUCGUCCGUCGGCAUGACCUAUGACCUAAGUCCGCCGCAGGGCGAGGACCACCUCACCAACCUGGACUACACUAGUAUGCACAGCUACAGGACUCACACAGACAUACACAAUUCCAUCAAGCUGGAGCCAGAGUCGCCUCCGCAACACACUGACAGUGCGGUGUUCUCCAAGCUCCAGGACGACGCGUCAACAGCCGUGCUCAACAUCGAGUGUCGCGUGUGUGGAGAUAAAGCCUCUGGGUUUCACUAUGGGGUCCACGCUUGUGAGGGAUGUAAGGGUUUCUUUAGGCGCACCAUCAGGUUAAAGCUGGUGUACGAUCACUGCGACCUUCACUGUCGCAUUCACAAGAAGUCCCGGAACAAAUGUCAGUACUGUCGCUUUCAGAAGUGCCUGAACGUCGGCAUGUCACACAAUGCUAUUCGUUUUGGCCGGAUGCCCCAGGCGGAGAAGGAGAAACUGCUGGCGGAGUUCUCGUCCGACAUGGAACACAUUCACCCGGAGGCAGCCGAUCUGAGGGCCUUGGCCAAACAUUUGUAUGAGGCCUAUCUCAAGUACUUCCCCCUCACCAAGGCCAAGGCCAGGGCCAUCCUCUCUGGCAAGACUGGAGACAAUGCGCCUUUUGUCAUCCAUGACAUGAAGUCUCUGAUGGAGGGUGAACAGUUCAUUAACUGCAGGCAGAUGCCUGUUCAGGAGCACCAGCAGCAGAUUUCCGCCCUUUCCGCCACAAAUGGAAGUGCUGUUCUGGGGUCGGAGUACAGCUUCGUGGGAAUGACGAGCGUCACAGACCAUGGAACGACAAAUGCCGUUGAGCUGCGUUUCUUCCACAGCUGCCAGUCCCGCUCGGCCGAAGCUGUGAGGGAAGUGACCGAGUUUGCCAAGAGCAUCCCAGGAUUCGUCGACCUGGAUCUCAAUGAUCAGGUGACGUUGCUCAAGUACGGCGUGAUCGAGGUCCUCAUCAUCAUGAUGGCGCCCCUGAUGAACAAAGAUGGCACCCUGAUCUCGUACGGCCAGAUCUUCAUGACACGGGAGUUCCUCAAGAGUCUCCGGAAGCCGUUUUGCCACCUGCUGGAGCCCAAGUUCGAGUUCUCUGUCAAAUUCAAUACGCUGGAGCUGGACGACAGCGACAUGGCAUUGUUCCUGGCCGUCAUUAUCCUCAGCGGAGACCGUCCGGGCCUCUUGAACGUCAAGCCCAUCGAGCAGCUCCAGGAGACGGUGCUGCACUCCCUGGAGGUGCAGCUCAAAGUCAGCCACCCGGACUCCCUGCAGCUGUUCGCCAAGCUGCUCCAGAAAAACCGACCUGCGGCAGAUCGUCAGCGACCACGUGCACGUCAUCCAGCUGCUCAAGAAGACCGAGGUGGACAUGUUGCUGCACCCGCUGCUGCAGGAGAUCAUGAAGGACUUGUAUUAGAAAUGAGACCACGACGGACACAUGAAGGUUGCGUCAAGGGUCCGGAAUUGAGAAAGAGACCAGGAGAAACAGGAAGUAAACUUCAACUGGGAGUGGCAAUAAACAACUUGAAGCAAGCAGAAGUGCUCGCUGUAUGCCGAACUGCUGCCUGGUGUUGUGAAUUUCGCUGCUCGUAAGACAUUGCUCGUAACACAAGGCAAAAAAUAAUAAUUAGCUGAGCAAUGGCUCCUAUCUUGAAAAAUGUUGGUCACUUGUACGUCAAGAGAGAGCAUGGUGAACUAGUGGUUAGCACAUUUGCCUCAAAGUCUAGAUGUUCUGGGUUCAGGUUCCUAUGUUAUGUUUGCGCAUUCUCGCCAUGCUUCCGGUUACUCCAGCUUCCUCCCACAUUGCAAAAACAUGCAUGUUAGAUUCAUUGAAGUCUCUUAACUGUGAGAAUGGUUGUUUGUCUAUGUGUGGCCUACGAUUGGCUGGCGACCAGUCCAGGGUGUACCCUGCCUCUCACCCAAAGACAGCUGGCAUAGGCUCUUUGCCAUCAUUAGUGCAGUUCUGUGGUGACGUCACAAAAAAAGCCAAAGAAAAAGCAAACCACUUGUGGAGUUAUGUUGAGCUUAAGUCUUGUGAAGUCUUUGCCCAUGAUGAAGUCUUAAAUUUGUUUUACUUCUGAGUUGUCAACUUUGGAGGUUCCAUUAUACACAUACAGUAUGCAUAUCUAAAAUGUAUUGUUUGUACUCCCUAUUUGUUAUUAUAUUUUGCAUGGAUGCUGUUUUUUGUUAAAAAUUAUUUUGACUCACGUGUCAAUGCAAAGUUCCAGCCGUGCCUUAUCAAUCAAUCGAGAUUUUUUUUCUUGAAGGAGGGAACACAGAUGAACACUGAUUAGUUGUUGUAAUUAAAUCAAGAUAUUUUCUAACUUUU